AUGCGUCUCACCCUCUCGCUCGGCAUUAUGCGUCUCGCCCUCUCGCUCGGCAUUACUCCUCCCCCGUACUCUUCAAAUCUCCCUCGUCUGCCCUCGAACCUCAUCCCUACGCCCCCGAGCCUCAGUCCUCCGCCUUCGAACCUCAUCCCUACGCCCCCAGCCGAUGAUAAGCAUUCAAGCUCGAGGUACGACGAUAUGCAUGUGGACGGAGGCAAAUGCGGAAGCAAACACGGAAGCAAAAUGACAAGCGGCGAUCUCGAUUUGGCUGAUGCGGAGAUGCGGCGGGCACGUACGGCCCGAUCGCGACACGGCGAACGCGUCAUCGUUCCCGCCACCAUGUUCGACUUUGGGUUGGGAGAGAUGGAGAGGAAGGACGCGGGAGGAGCGGGAGGGGAAAGCGGGAGGCUUGGCGGGCGGUCUAGGAUGGGGAGGGUGAAGAGACGCGUAGCCGAACUCAAUGGACGCACCCGCGCACGUAAUGCGAAGAAGCGGCUGGAUAGGCGUGCUCGAAUCGCCGGUCAGUCAGGAGGACCCCUCGGGCGCAUACGCGACGCGACCCCUUGGAUGCGUACGCGGUUCCCUCCGCCGCCCUUGCGCACACAACUCACGCUGUCUGCCGGAACCCCUCUCGCCUACGUCGAUGGGUCUCCCUUCCAUACCUCUAUCCGGCAUGGUCCCCAAGUGGACCCCUCCAUACGCAGGCACUCCAAACUGCUCCCCCGCGAAUCGACCACGUACCCAUCUCAAGUACGCCACCCGAGUCGCCUUCCCACCACUGCCGUGCGCUCGCCGGAUGCAGGGCGUGGAAGAUGGGCCUAUACGCCUAUCGUGGACGCUUUCCUCAACGCUAGGGUUUCCCGGGAGCCCAGCAUCGUCCGCCCUACCGACUACACCGGCGACGCCAGGGUCUACCAGUCCAAUACCCUCAACUACACCACCACCACCGCAGACAACCACCGCCAGACCGUCACACCCGACCAUGGCAGCCGCACCCGUCGACAUCAAGGCCUACGUCUUCACGCACGACGAGGAGGAGCGGAGGCGAUCGUCGGCGUCGCUGUAGAGGACGCCGCGUCUUUGACGUCGCUGUUGAGGACGUCGCGUCGGCGGCGUCGCUGUAGAGUACGUCGCGUCGGCGGCGGCGCUGUUGAGGGCGUCGCGUCGUCGGCGUCGCUCACCCACGUCGCUACGCCUCGUCGACGUGGGCGCAUACAUCCCCUUCCCAUCGCCCUAGUCCUCGUCCGACGGACGCGCCCGCAUCCCUCCCUCCUUCCCUCCCCUCCUUCUUCCCUCCCUUCUCCCCUUUCCUUCUCUCCCCUCCCCCCUCCCCGGCCCUCCUCUCCCCUCCUUCCCUUCUCCCCCCUCUCCCCUCCCCCCCGAUCGCCCCUCGACGGCCAGCACCUCAUCGUCCAGCGCGCGUUCGGAAGGGAUAAGAUUGUGAAGGGCAAAGCGCCCCUCCCUUCCUCGCCCCCCCUUCUAUUCUCGAUACUCACCGCGCACCCAGACGGCCGCCCGCACCCGCUCACGCUCCACCCGCUCAUCGACCCCGGCGCGCUGCGCGCCGUCCUCGACGUCGGCGCGGGGACGUGCGCGGCGAUCGUUGAUGUGGCGCGGUUGGUGCAUGGGGUGGGGGUGGGGAGGGAGGGUGUGAAGGGGAGCGGGGCGGGGCAGGGGAAGAUCGACGGUGCGAGCAAGGGCAUGCCCGGCGCGUAUCCGGCGUCUUCUGACUCGCCCGCCAUCGGCGCCUCAAUCAACGCCGUCACGGCUCGGUCGGCGGCGAUUGCGUCUCCCUCGGCCUCGUCCGCCUUGGAUGGCAGCGGUCUAAACGCCAACGUCACGAACUCCACGGCCUCUACCGCCUUGGCCCCCUCCACGGCCAUGUCCACCUGGACUACUACCCCCACCGCCACCUCGACUACUACCCCCACCUCGACUACUACCCCCACCGCCACCGCCACCGCCCCCUCGCCCCCGCCCGCCCUCUUCGCCUGCGACAUCACCGCGGCCAAGUUCCCGCCGCAGGAGACGCUGCAGAAGCUGGGGAUCCGCGCGUUCGAGCAUGAUAUCAGGACGGAGCUGCCCGGGGGGAUGGCGGGUGAGUGCGCGCUUGUAGCGGGGGAGGGGAGGAGGGUGCGGGAGGGAGCGCAAUCGAGGCCUUCGAGCGCGCGAGCGCACUCAAGGCCGUCGAGCGAGCGAGCGCAGUCGAGCGCACUCGAGGCCUUUGAGCUCGCACUGGGGUUCUUUGAGCGAGCGAGCGCAAUCGAGGCCGUCGAGCGAACGAGCGCACUCCUCCCUUCCUUCUCCCCACCCCCUUAG